UAAAUUCUUAUAUUUUUUUCAUUUGGUAAAUUCAGUUUGUUUUGUUGUUUUUGUUUGCGUGUUGAUGUUUAUUGUACUGAAUGAUUGCUGUAAUAUUAAAUGUAUAGUAUUUUCUAACAAUUUUUUUCCCCCUUAAGUUAAUCAGAUUUAUUUGGCGUCUCUCAGCGCUAAAUAGUUCUUUGUUUACACGCAGUUCCCCCGUCUCUGCGGAAGGAGGCAUUUGGUGGUGCGGUGUGUGACUCCUACCAGCUGUUUCCCGCCUUGAAAGCAAUCCGAUCAGCUGCACACACAUCAACACACACUCACACACACAGAGACACGGUCAUGCAGAGGGGGAAAGCAAAGGGGAGGGAGAAGGAGAGGUAGAGCGCCACACACAACGAGGGAACCCCAUCAGCUGGAAGUCGAGUAACAUUACAACUCUCGGUAGCCUCAAAAAGAACUACAAUACACGGACGAGGGAUUCGGAUUUACUUUGAGGAUUUAACCCGCGUCGGAUCACGGGAUUUUUGUCAGCUGUUUCCCUUUAAUCUAGGGAGACUGCCGUUUUGUUUUUUUGUUUUUUUUAAUUUUGGUGAAGGGGGCCAAGCUGGCGAGAGGCGAGCAUGGAGUAUUUCAUGGUUUCAGCUCAGAAGGUGCCCCCGCUGCAACAUUUCAGGAAAACGGAGAAAGAAGUGAUUGGUGGUCUCUGUAGUCUGGCCAACAUUCCUCUGACCCCAGAAACAGCCAGGGACCAAGAGAGGCGAAUUCGCAGAGAGAUCGCCAACAGCAACGAGCGUCGGCGUAUGCAGAGCAUCAAUGCUGGAUUCCAGUCACUUAAAACACUCAUCCCACACAGUGAUGGGGAGAAGCUCAGCAAGGCUGCAAUCUUGCAACAGACAGCUGAGUACAUCUUCACUUUGGAGCAAGAGAAGACACGGCUAUUGCAUCAGAACAGUCAGCUCAAACGAAUCAUUCAGGAGUUAAGCGGUUCCUCCCCGAAGAGGAGACGUGCAGAGGAGAAAGAUGAAGGCAUCGGCUCACCAGACAUCCUGGAGGAGGAGAAGACUGAAGACCUGAAGAGGGAGAUGAUUGAGCUGAGGCAGCAGCUGGAAAAGGAGCGCACAGUCAGGAUGGUGCUGGAGGAUCAGAUGCGCUCCCUGGAUGCUCAGCUGUACCCAGAGAAGCUGAAGGCGAUCGCCCAGCAGGUCCAGGAGCAGCAAGCCCAGACUCAGAGUCUUGUUCAUCUGCAGAAGCAGCUAGAGAGGGACCUCACUCCAGCACACAGCCCCCAGGUGUUGGCUCCUGCUACCCCGCCGGCACCCACACACCAUGCCACCGUCAUCGUUCCUGCACCUGCACAGACUCCCCAGUCCCAUCACGUUACCGUGGUAACCAUGGGCCCAACAUCGGUUAUUAAUUCUGUGUCCACAUCUCGACAGAACCUGGACACCAUCGUUCAAGCAAUCCAGCAUAUCGAGGGCACCCAGGGAAAGGGUUUCGAGGAAGAGCAGAGGAGGGCGGUCAUCGUUACUUCGGGGCGCAUGCUCUCUGACGCGGCGGGCUCAGACACGGCAUCGAACAGCGACGGACCCGACGAGUCUUCGCUGCCAUGAGCUCGUCUCCCUGAAGGCUCGUGUACCGUACACCUUCAUACACACACACACUCACAGACAAAAGGGCCCCAGAGCAGACCAGGGCUACGGGAGACCACAAACUCACAGCACUCUUGAUCAGUGGGCAUAAACCAGGCUGGUUGUUGGAUUAUAGCACUCAUUUUGACUUGUUUGUUUUUGUUUUUCUCUUCAACAGAUUUUAUGAAAAUAGGCCCCUGAAAAGGUUUACAAUUACACAUGCAUACCCAUAGUUUCUCUCUUUUUUUUGCUUACCUCCAGCCUCAGCUCUUUUACUCACCUACACAAACUCUUGUCUCUUCGUGAAUCUAUGGAAAUAUAAUUAAAGCUACUACUUUGCAGAUUGAUUUUUAUAGACUCGGUCAAACUGGAAACUGGAUAAAUAUCUCCAUUAGCUGCUGGGACUGUCCUCCUCGCGCUGUGACUGAUCAAAGAAACGGGAAAGAGGUCCACAGGUGUGACACCGGCACGCUUCACCUGAGCGUAAAUAUUAUGAAGAUUGAUGCCCUAUCAAAAAGCUUCACUCGAGAACUAUCUGAGCUGUUUGCAAAGACACUGUGAGCUUGCAAGACUGUCCUUAAAGUUUUUUGUUAUUUUAUUGUUGUCAAAGUCAAAUUUUUCAUGUUUUUCCUCUUAAUGUCUCCACUAGAAUGUUAAAACAAAAUCUAAAAGCUGUUUUAAUGGCUGACUGGUGCUCAUAUGAAAAGAGAGUGCACUUACUGGUUAAAAACUCCAGUUUUGUUUAGUUUUUUUGUUU